AUGAGAUCUAAUCUUAAAUGUUCCUAUUAUGAAAAAACAUUAAAUUAAGAAGAAAAAAGAAAAAGAGUAAAAAGAAUGGAACUUAUUCAUCUUAUUAUAAUCAGCCAAAAGAGCAAUUAAAAUCUCUAAAAAAGAAAAAGUAAAAAUAAAAUAGUUUUUGGAUCCCCUAGUCCAUAGGAUCAAGAUACAACCAUACACUAAGUUUUUAACCACUAAUUACUUUUUCUUCGGAGAUAGACUGAUAGCAACUCUGCGCUUUUGAUUGAAAUAAUAAUGCAUUGA